AUGGAGCACAUGGCGUUUCACGAGAAUGAGAAGCUAGGGCAGAUUCAGAAGCACGCUUCAGCGCCGCCUGCUCGCUGCUCUUCCAAGCUCAACCCCUCCGAUUCCUCCUCCGAGUCCUCUCAAAACCCUGAUGAUACAUGCUCAGACGACAAGCUUGGCGAAACACAAGCGAAUUCGCCAGAUUCGCCAAUCGGCAAGCUGUCCAAUCCGAACGCGUCCAGCCCCAAGGCUCGUCAACGAGAGAAUUCCAGCGAUGCAUCCGUGAGAAAAUUCGCUGCCAAGCAGACUGAACAUGAGAAAAAUCCGUCAAAUGAAUCCGACGAGUCAUCCUCGCGGCCCGCCAGCUUGUCAGACCGCGCCAAGGAGCGCUUGCAGCGGAUAGAGGAAGCAGCCGCCGCCGCGAAAUCCGGAAACGAUCCUUUCAAGGGCAUGGUGGCUGUGGCAGCCCAACGGCUGCAAGACUACUUCGAUCAGACUAGCCUGGUUGGGGGUGCAGGGGGGGUUGGUCAGGAAGGGGUUGGGUUGAGGGGUGAGGAGGCGGAGGGGGGGGAUGGGAGCAAGGAGACGGCGUGGCAGCGGUGGGAGAGGGUGUUUGGAGAGGUGGAGGAGCGAGAGGCCAUGCUGACGAGUCUGCAGGUGGGGACAGGGAACGCGCUGGGAAUCCACCACCGACAACAUGCUUUGCAUUAUCCUUCUCAUUUUCCUCCCCUGCUCUCCUGCUCUCCUGAAACUCCUUUCCUGCUCCCCUCUUUCUCUUCUGCUCCUCUCCUCGUCUCCCCCUCUCCUGCUCCUCUCCUGCUCUCCUCCUCGCCCGCUCUCCUCUCCUCCUCUCCUGCUCGCUCUCAUGGACUCACUCACCCGCGUCCCUCUGCUAUCUGCUUCCAACUGGACGACCUGGUGGGCGAUGAGGACUUCACGGCAGCUGCCAAGCUGCAGGCCGCCAUCCGUGCGCUGGAGGACCAAGACGCCAUGGCUGCCGUCUUCACUGAGCUCAAGGCGGCGGUGGCGGAGGAAAGGUACAGCGAUGCCAAACACCUCCGCGACGAUGCUGGCGCCGGGCUGGUGGGGUGGUGGGCAGGGCUGGACGAGAGUGGAUCAGCGGACCCCUUCGGGCGACUCGUGCACGUGUCACAGCAGCACGGCAAGCUGCUCGCCAAGUCCUACACUGCCAAGCAGCUGUCAGUGGCAGGGCAGGGCAUUCCCAUCUUUGAGAUGUACGUGGCUCGCAAUGCCGCCAACCCCAACCGAUACGACCGCCAGGCAGUGUACCUGCACCACGAGACAGCCACCAUGCAGGGCAAGGGCGCUUCCUCCACCACCACAAGCCCUGCGCCAAGCACCUCCCCCUCAACCAGCAACAGUGCCACCGAUGCUGCCCCCCUCGUCCCCGUCAUCAUCAUCAGCAUCCGCGCCUGCCCCAUCAUCCACGCCACCGUCCAGCGUGCAACGGAUCCAGCCUCAGGCCAGGCGUCACCUUCACCAGUUCCACCCACCCCUCCGCCCUCUCCCUCCGCUGCCUCCUCCCCUCCCUCCUCCUCCCCUUCCUCUGCCUCCUCUCCCCCCUCGUCUCUCCCGCCCGGCGCCGACGAUAGCUUAUCGCGGGUGCUUGAUUUCUUCCGCGAGCGGUUACCAGACGUGAAGCUGCGGGUCUUCCCUGUCGUGUCCCCUGCUGACGUGGCAGCACCGGACGGGUCGGGCGCUGCAGGGACAGCAGAUAUUCCGCGUAUUGUAGAGGACGUGGUGAAGCGGAUAGCGAGAGACAGGGAAUCUGCAGCUGCUGCUGCAGCGGGGGAGGCAGCAGCGUCAGCAGCAGGGGGGGAGGGAGGGAAUGAGGGGGAAUCUGGAAGCGACAGCGGUGCAGGUGAUGGUGUGGGGAAAGUUAAGGGGCCAUUACAAGGAGACAGUAUGAAGGAUGAAAGUGAAGGGGUUGUUCCUGGCAGAGGGGACACGAGUGACAGUGGAGAAGGGGAGGGCACUGUGCAGGGGGGCAGGAGUGGGACGUCUGGAGCUGGUGUGGUGGUUGGUGAAGCAGGUGAAGCGGGAGAGGCAGCAGUGCCGUCUGUACAGGCAGAGAGGGCAGGUGCAGAUGCAGGUACAGGGAGCAGGGACGGUGGUGCAGACGACCCGAGGCGUGCCAGUCAGCUGCCAGAGCGUGACUUGCGGCGUCUGAGGGCGUUUAGAGAGCGAAACGGGAUGACUGGCGAGGGCACAGGUGGGAGCAAGAGCUCUAAUGGCAGUGACAGUGACAGCAGCAACAGUAGCAGUAGAGGAGAAAUAGGCAGGGAGGAGGUCGCAGGUGGGGUGGACAGGGAGGGACUCGCAGGCUCGUCUGGUCCUGGCAGAGGCAGUAGAGAGGGCGGGGGAGGUGGUGGUGGGGAGGGGGAAGGCGGGGCGGAGCGAAGCGACGUUGAGGACGGAUCAGAGGAUGCAGAGGGGCGGCAGGGCAUCGCUGUGCGCGUGGUGGUGGGCGGAGUGUUCCCGGGGGACGGCGCAGGGGAGAGCGUCACCAAGGUGCCAGCGAGGAUCGAGUGGCGAGGCAAGGACGCGUUUGUCCUUACUGUGGAGGACAGCGAGGGCGAUCGGGAUGCAGCUAGCAGCAGCAGCACGGGAACAUCUGCAACUGACCCAGCAGCACCGCAACCCCCCUCCUCUUCGUCCUCUUCCUCCUCGUCCCAGUCAGCAGCGGUGCAGGCAGCGGUGAGUGAGCGGCUGGCAUCAGCAGCAACGAGGGCAGCGGCGAAUCUGAUGCCGGAGGACGUGGCCAAGCAGCUGUGGGGCGUCGACCGCUUCUCAGGACCCGAGGUGUUCAAGGACAAGGACGUGGCGCAGCUGAUCCGCACGGCAGUGCAGCAUGUGCAGAGGAGGCGCUACACACUGCCCAGAACCACCGCCUUCACUCGCAUCCAUGCCGCCGAUGCCACCACCGACCCCUUUGCUGGUUUGUACGUGGGUGCAUAUGGCCCAUACACUUCCGAGGCUAUUCAGGUCAGGCGUAGGUUCGGCACGUGGGAGGAACCAGAGGGGGAGGAGGAGGAGAGUGGCGCUGGGGAGGCAGGGGAGGGGUCCGGGAGGAGGAAGAGGCAGGGCGAGCGGGCGUUGGUGCCGCCGUUUGAGUACGUGGAGGGGGUGAAGCUCACAGGCGACUUCAAUGUGCCUGCAGGCAAGGUGUCUUUUCGAGCAAAGAUCGGGCGGCAUUGGCAGAUGCCGUUCCGAGGGGUGUACCCCGAUGAGCUGGGUGUGGUUGCGAGGUACCCUGGCCAGGGUCAGCUGGCAGAGCCGGGUUUCAAGAAUCCUCGUUGGGUGGAUGGGGAGUUGCUUGUCUUUGAUGGAAAGGGUUCUCGCCACACAAAUGAGACUCCGGAGGUAGGCCCAGGGGGCGCGAAGAAGCGACAGCGAUCCCCGGAGGUAGUUGAGGUCAAAGAAGGAGGCGGAGUCAUGGAGCCAGCAAGAAAGAUAGCAAUAGCAGUGGAUUUGAGCGAUGAAAGCGCUCACGCAGUCAAGUGGGCUGUCAAGAACUAUCUACGUCCUUCAGACCAUGUGGUGCUGUUACAUGUUCGUCCCACCUCCGUGUUAUAUGGUGCGGAUUGGGGUGCGUCGGAAACCACAGAGGAAGCUCCUGAUAAGGAGACGAAGCAGAAGAUGGAGGACGACUUUGAUGCGCUGACCGUUGCCAAGGCGAAGGAUCUUGCUGCUCCAUUAGAAGAGGCUGGAAUACAGUACAAGACCCACAUUGUGAAAGAUCAUGACAUGAAAGAGCGUAUCUGCCUUGAGGUGGAGCGGGCUGGGGUCAAUGCCUGCAUUAUUGGAAGCCGAGGGUUUGGUGCAGAGAAGCGGUCAAGGAAGGCUCGCCUGGGUAGUGUCAGCGACUACUGUGUCCACCACUGUGACUGCCCUGUUGUGGUUGGCCCGGGGACUGAUAGAGGAGCAGUUGUGAAGAUACGUGAUGCCAUUAGACAAGAAGUUUCAUGCCAGGUUCAGAUUUUGAAUUAUACGAAGAAUGGUACUCCGUUCUGGAACCUUUUCCACAUAACUCCUGUUCAUAUGGGUCCGACGCAUGCGCUCGAGCAUUACAUCGGCGUACAGACUUGUUUGCCUGCACGGUUUGAAGCCGCUGAAGAGGUUACAACAACAUUAGCUUCUGGACAGAGCCCUGCAAGUGCUGGUGCUGCACAAGUCAGCCAAAAUGAUGGUGGCCUGCGUUUCCAAGAAUACGAAUCGCUUGCUCGGCUAUCAGCCGAGCUUGCUUCGAAUAAGUGGGCCUCUUUUUGUGAGCUCCUUCAGAGCUCUUUACCUGCUCAGAGAAAUGCAGGUCCUGAGAUUGCAGGCAGUUCAGUUGACUCAGUUUCUCAGCUUCCAGGAACGCUUCAGACAUCGCUGGCAAGAAUUCAUCAAUGCAUUGUACUGGUCGAUGCCACAAACUCAGAGUAUCCCAUCGUCUAUGCAAGCAAGCCCUUCUUAAGAAUGACAGGUUAUUCUUGGCAAGAAGUGGUGGGAAAAAACUGCCGCUUCCUUCAAGGACCAGAGACUAACCCGGACCAUGUCCAACAGCUUCGGGAGGCCUUACAUGGGAGCAGGUCAUGUUCUGUAAAUAUCCUCAAUUACAGAAAGGAUGGUUCGAAGUUUUGGAACCUGCUGCAUGUGUCUCCAGUGAGGUCCUUUGAUGGAAAAAUUCAUUUUUAUUGUGGUGUCCUGAUGGAAGUCCCAACAGGCGCGCAGUCACCUAUUCCCACAAAUGUUUCUCAGCAGCAGCUCGGUGUCGUUGGUGAAGUUAGGAUUGCAGUUAGAAGUCUAUCGUGCACAAAAAAAUAG